AUGUGGGUGCCAUGCAUGCUCGCAUGGAUGCCAUGUGUGCUCGCGUGGCAUCCACGUUUGCUCACAUGGCGUCCACGUGCGGACGCCAUGUGGUUUUCGCUUACCUCGCUUAGUUCUCUUUUUGGCAACUCGCGUGGCUUUUUCGAGUGCCGCCCGCGCUCGACGCCGCAACCCAACGCUGCAAACACCAAUGCACCAGCGCUGCCACGACCUCGCCCUUCACCUGCCGAAAUUUCCCAUCGCUUUCAAAUACCUCCGGUUGUGUCCUGCUGCCCUCACAUGAUGAUUCCUACUAGCACUCAGCCUGCCCCUGCCAGUACUGUCGACACGGGCACAUUUUUUACCGUGUCACGUGACACAGAGCCAGCCGCCUCGAGUGCUUCCCCAGCACCUUCAGCAGCAUCUUUUGCUGUGGCCUGUGGUGACUCCAAUGUUGCACUCCCCAUCAUGCCAGGCCAUGUUGCCAGGUACACCAGCUUUCUCGAGCCGACCCCUGCUGUUGACUGGAAUGCCAGGGUUCUGCAGGGUCUGGACACAAGUUAUGCUGCCCGACUGCAGCGACGUGCUCAAUGCCAUGUAGUUAUUCCACCUGUUGCGACACCCACCCCGCCUGUUGCUGCAUCCACUGCUCCAUCAGUACCCUCAGAGAGUCACUCGAGGUGUCUUGAAUGGAGACAGCUCACUGACCCAUACAGCAAGAUCUCCACUCGGCGAGAGGGUCUCCAUGCAGCACAGCAGCGAGUUCAUGACCUUCGACAAGAAAAUGCAAAGAUGGCCAAGAGAAUGAUCAGGGCAGAUGAGGAAUUUGAGCAUGCCCGCAAGUGCAAUGACAUGGACUGGGAUGUUAGUUGUGCAUGCUUGGAUGAGGCAAUUGAACAUAGAAAGCAGCGCAAGGUUGCAGAUGCUUGGCGUGAACACAUCUUUGAGGAGAGGAAGGGGAAAACUUGGGAGGAGCGGCAUCAUUUGGACCAGGUACUCAAGGAGGGUCCUCCCCCUGGCUGGAAGCCUUCUUGA